AUGUUGUUUUUUCUCUUCCUUAUUUUUCCACUUUCUUUCUCCUUUAUUUCUUUUCUUUCUUUUUUAUAUUUUUUCUACUUUACUUUCUCUUUCCUCCGUUCUUUCUUCUCUCCUUUUUCUUUAUUUUUAUUUCUCUUUCUUUUUUCUUUUCUUAUAUUUUUUUAUUUUCCAUUACUUUUUCAUUUAAUUUUUUCUCUCUGUCCAAUUUUUCUUUUUUUCUUGUUCUUUUCUGUUUUUCGUCUUUUUUUAUUUAUUUCUUUUCUUAUAUUUUUCCUUUAUUUUCAUUUCUCUUUUUCUUUUUUCUUCUUUUCUUUCACUUUUUUCUACUUUACUAUCUCAUUCUUUCACUUUAAUGUUUUUACUUAUUUUCAUUUUUUCUUCUUCUCGUUUUUUUUUUUCUAUAAUUCCUCCCAUUUUCUCUUUCCAUUCUUUAUUGUCUAUUUUCUUUCUUUCAUCUUUCCUUUUUUUCCUUUCUUUUUAUUCCUUUCUUUUCCUUUUUUUAAUUUUUCCAUCUCUUUUUUUUCAAUAAUUUCUUUCUAUCCAUUUACUCUUUCUUCAGCUUUUUCGGUAUCACUGUUUUUUUUCUUUUCACUUUUCUUCCUUAUUUAUUUAAUCCCCUUUAAUUUUUUCACUUUUACUUUCCCUUUGUUUUCUUUUCUUUGCUCUUCUUUUAGUCUUUACUUUCUUUCUUCAUUCGAGUUUCAUUCCUUUCUUUGUUCGUCUUUUUUCUUUUAUUCUGAUUUCAUUUUUCUUUCCUUCUUUUUCUCUCGUCUUUCCUAA